AUGUAUUCCCAUCAUUCUCACUCAGGUGAUUAUAUAGCCCAUGGUAGCGAUCCACUGGAUGAAAUUAUUGCUCGCGUUUAUGAAUUAAAUUUCCACACCUACUGUUUAACCGAACACAUGCCAAGGAUAUCACAACAGUACCUGUAUCCGGAAGAAUACAUAUGCAAUGAUGUUAAUAAGGACUUGGCUUUAUUAUCGGAAAAUUUUGAAAAAUAUUUAAAACAUGCCUCAAAAAUUAAAAACAAUGCUUGUGUUGAUCCUUAUAUAAGAACCUCAAUUUUAAUAGGCAUGGAAGUCGAAGGCUGUGAUGAGGAACAUCUCAAAUUAGCCAAUAGAAUCUUGCAACAGAACUCCAACGUGAUUCAAUUUGUGGUCGGUUCGUGUCAUCAUGUUAAUUCUGUACUUAUAGACUUUGAUGCAACAUCAUGGAUGAAAGCUCUCAAAGAAACCUCCAACAAUAAUUUAAGACAAUUAUUUAAAGAUUAUUAUAACUUACAAUAUAAAAUGUUAACUGAAAUAAAACCAUUAGUAGUUGGUCAUUUUGAUUUGAUUAGAUUAUACUUACCUUCAACUUUAAGAGUAAACACUAAUACAGGCAAAGUUGUUACAGACCAGUACAGUGGUGGUACACCGGUAUCUGAAAUUCAAAACAUAAUGACAUAUUGGGAAGAUGUCAAAGAAUUAAUUGUGCGUAAUUUGAAGUUUAUAGAUUCGUAUGGUGGUUGUGUCGAAAUAAAUACUAGUGGGUUACGUAAAAAUUUAAUUCAACCAUAUCCACAUAUUGAAGUUGCCAAUUUAGUCAAGCAGUAUUGUAGUGGCAGAUUUGUACUAAGCGACGAUGCUCAUAGUGUUUCUCAGGUAGGUACAAAUUAUUCAAAAGCCUUAAAGUAUAUUACCAACGAUCUAAAACUAGACUAUCUAUAUUAUUUGUCUGAUAAAAAUGCUAUUGAUCAUAGAAUUACUGUUGAAAAGAUAUCUAUAAAAGACCUGGUUAAAGAUCCCUUCUGGUCAAAUGAUGUAUAA